GUCCCUCUUUCAGUCUUCACUAUUUGUCCCGCAGCCCCUCCGAGGGGACCCGGAAUGAUCACAAUGAGUAUGGUGUGCCUGUGCCCGCGGAGUGAAAGCUUCCCAGUUCCCAGCAUAAUAAUUGUCUCUCCUUGCCCGUAUUACUGAUGAUCGUAAAUUGACAUAUGUCCUCUUUGCUGCCGCUUUGCAUCCUCGUACAUGAUACGUAUCUAGUUACCUGCCUAUUAGGAACUUAACCCUUCCAAAACAUAUAAUCCUUGGAUUCGCCAAACUGUUCUUUACAACCCUUGUCUGAAUUAGCAAUAUACAAGAGACACAAGAUCCAUACCUGCAUGACCCCAACAAACAAACCUUGCAAAUAAUCGAUCGAUCACCCACCACUCAUUCAUUCAUUCAUCCAACGAACCAAACCAAACCAACCAACCCCGCCUUCAGAAUCUUCGUUGCCUGUCUACCUGCCUGCUCUCUCGGUCUAAAUCCGCAAAAGACCCCGAAAACACCAUAACACGCAGCCAGCCCCAGCGGACCACCACCCAGCCAGGUUGUUAUUGCCUAAACCAAAAACCAGGCAGAAAAGAGAAAAAAAAGAGGAAAUUUGAUUCUUCCCAUUUGAUCUAUCUAUCCAUCUAUCUAUUUAUCUAGUGGCGUACAGAGGGGGUGUGUGUAUGUCAGUGGCUGUCCGUCAAUUAAAAAAAAAAAACACGGGCCAUUUCCAUUUCAUUAGUCUCCGUGUGCAAGCACGCUUUCCCUGCGUGACAGUGAGGGAAAAGAGGGAAAUGAGCACAGAGUCAAUGAAAACCUCGCUCCGACGCCACGCAGACCAGGAGGAUUUGGAUUUCUGUAAUCCUGAACCUUACAAACGACGAGGGUCUUUCUUCGGCCAUGUAACUGGCUACUACAAUAGUAGUAAUGAUAAACAGACUACUACUACGGAGAAAAGCCACGAUGAGUCCUGGUCCAUAAAGAAGUUUCUCAGUCGGCAUGUUAGUCGUCGAUAUCGUGUUCUGGAACGCGAGCCGAACCGGCUGAGAAAGAGGUUUACUCAGUAAUGAGAUAAGAUGAAAUGAAAUGAAGAUAUGGGAAUGGGGUGAAUGUAUCUAUUUAUUUAUCACUUUGCACAUGAUUUGGUUCUGGUUAUCAUUAUCCUUGUCGUUAUAACCAUUGUUAUUGUUCUUGUUCGGGGUGUUCAUAGUAUAUUAAUUAUAUUGCUAUGCUGCAAUAGUUCACUUCGAUGGCUAGAACAAAUCGUAUUCCCUCCUAUGCUUAUUGGCGUUGAUGUUGAAAUGGGGCAUGCCACUAGAUACGACACAGUACCAUUAUUCCCACGGAUUCCGCUCGAAGACCAACCACGGAAUGGUUGGUGGGUAUUAAGUAGUUAUCUAUCGGCACCCGCAGGAAAAUUUCCUCCCACGUUAUUUUGUUUCUUUUAUUGGAUUAUCAUAUGUACGCUUAUCAGUGGGUGGUGUCCUUCCACCUAAUGUCACGAUCAUCAUGUCUGUCCCAAGGAUCAAUUGAAUGAACGAAUGGGUCAGGACACUCGGAGCUAGUUAUUAUUAUUUUUUUUAUUGCAUGGCUUUUUUCUCCCAUCAUUACAAAUCUUCUAUUUUGCUUAGCUCAUCUUCAUCCAUGGCUCC